CCGUCCUCGGUCGCUCUCUUCCGUCCCUCAGCACUCCAUCAUGUCGCUCGCGCACAACAUCUCCCCGGUCGAAACUCGGGCUGCCACCUCGUCGAGCAGCGCUUCAACGGUCCCGGCGCCCUUGGUGGCCUCGCUCGAAUACUUCGGCUUUCGCCCGUCGGACGCAUCGAUCGCGCCAGCGGGGACUGGGUCCCCUGUCUUGGCGAUGCCGAGCGAAUCAGUCACGCCGUCUGCGUCCAUCGUAUCAUCACGCGAAGGCGUGCGCCGCACCCACGACGAGACGAUGCCUGGCGCUGAUGCCACCGUCGAGAGACACAAUCAGGAUGUGUCGACGGAGUCUGGCACGAUGGGCAUUGAAGCGUCCGCGGCCGCAUCGCGGGUCGACGAAGUGCAAGUGCCGAGCCUGGUCGACGGCGACGCAACCGCAUCGCCUGUUGACCCGCCUCUCGGCUAUGACAACGAGCGUGGAGCAUUCACCAGCAAGCUGAUGUGGACAUGGUCCGCUGCCGAGUGCCGAACGCUCAGACCGCCCGCGACGAACGCGUCGAGCGGAGGCGAGGCCUGGUGUCGCGAGGCCAUCUUCCGAGUCGUUCUCACGCACAAGCUCGUGCUGGAACAUCGGCGCACGUUCAGCCCUGGAGAGCCGAUGCAUCUGUCCAAAGUCUUCUGCAAGGCGCUCUCGAGGGCCGAGAACGUGAGAAGUAGCAGUGAACUGUACGCCGUGGUGCUCAUGUCGUGGAGCACGAUGGGCUCUUUGCUGGCCGAGCACCGAGGAGAGGCGGCCGCAGCUGAUGAGGCUCGCAAGUACGGCAGCAGACUCAAGGCACGAGUCGAGAGAAACCUCGCCAAGGCUCGAGCCGUAUGUGGCAAUAGCAAGUGUCCUGUCGCCGGCGCACGCAGGAAGCAGUAUGAGGCGUUCGAGGCUCUGCGCAAGGCCAUCGAAGACGCAGCGUUGGCGGAUGCGGCUCGGAAAGAGCGUCUUCGCUUGGCUCGGCAGGCGUGUGAGGUGUGCAAGCGUGCCGGUGCUGACCACCCGUGGCGCUCGCAUGCGCCUGCGAGCAAGCGUGCUCGCCGUGCGUGA